UUUGGUUACCUAGAAACCAAGCAAACCGUUUUACAGCAGCGUACAUGCAUGGAACAUAGACCGAUAAUUCAAGUGCCUUGAAGAACGGAUUUAUGAAACAUUUAAUUUAAAAGAAGACAACGCUGAAAUCCAAAACAGUCAUCGGGACCAAACAACUUUUGGCACCCCCCCAAACACCGAGAGAAAUUUGGUUCAUAACGCUGAGGCAGGCUAGCAAGCUAAGCUAAAGCAAAGAUGUUUAUUUAUCUCAGUAAGAAGAUUGCGAUUCCAAACAAUACCAUUUUAAAGUGUGUGUCUUGGAAUAAAGACCAAGGUUUCAUCGCCUGCGGAGGAGAGGAUGGCCUUUUAAAAGUUCUCAAACUUGAGACUUAUACAGAUGAUGCCAAACUGAAAGGCUUGGCAGCUCCCAGCAACCUCUCUAUGAAUCAGACACUGGAGGGACACAGUGGUGCAGUGCAGGUUGUGACUUGGAAUGAACAAUACCAGAAACUGACCACCAGUGACCAGAAUGGGCUCAUUAUUGUCUGGAUGCUUUACAAAGGUUCAUGGUAUGAAGAAAUGAUUAAUAACAGGAAUAAAUCUGUGGUGAGGAGCAUGAGCUGGAAUGCUGAUGGUCUGAAGAUCUGUAUUGUGUAUGAGGACGGUGCUGUGAUUGUGGGCUCGGUGGAUGGUAACAGGAUCUGGGGUAAAGAACUUAAGGGGACCCAGUUGGCACAUGUGGCCUGGUCUCCAGACAGUAAGAUCCUACUGUUUGGGAUGGCCAAUGGAGAGAUCCACAUCUACGACAACCAGGGAAACUUCAUUAUGAAGAUGACCAUGAGUUGUUUGGCGAAUGCAACAGGUGCCCUCAGCAUAUCAGGUAUUCACUGGUACCCCGGCACAGAGGGGUAUCUGGAGCCAGACUGUCCCUGCCUAGCUGUUUGCUUCACUAACGGGCACUGCCAAGUGAUGAGGCACGAGAGUGAUGACAGUCCUGUGAUCAUCGAGACGGGUAUGUGGCAUGUGGCCAGUAUCCAGUGGAAUCACUGUGGCAGUGUUCUAGCUAUAGCAGGAUCACUCAGAAACAGCGGAGCAGAGAAAGACAUAAAUGCUGUUCAGUUCUACACACCGUUUGGAGAGCACUUGCGGACUCUGAAGGUUCCGGGUAAGCAGAUGACUGCUGUAUCAUGGGAAGGUGGAGGAUUACGAAUUGGCCUAGCUGUAGAUUCUUACAUUUAUUUUGCUAACAUUCGGCCAGAUUACAAGUGGGGUUACUGCAGUAACACAGUGGUGUAUGCAUACACACGGCCUGAUAGACUGGAGUACAGUGUGGUGUUCUGGGACACUAAGAAUAAUGAGAAGUUUGUAAAAUACGUCAAGAGUCUCAUGUCCAUCACCACGUGUGGAGAUUUUUGCAUUUUGGCCACCAAAGCAGACGACACGCAUCCACAGGAGGACACUGAGACUGAGGCUGGAUCAGCUACUGGAUCAGCUACGGCAUUUAAUGAGCUGUCCAAUCAAAACACCUCAAAGGAUCGAUCUAAGAGGAGAAAGUAUGCUCUGGUGUUGUGUAACUCCAUUGGAACCCCACAGGACUCUAAAUAUAUUGACAUCGACCCCCUGUUUGUCACUAUGACGAAGACUCAUGUGAUUGCUGCAUCUAAGGAAGCAUUUUAUGUUUGGCAGUAUCGUGUUGCUAAGAAACUCACUGCUCUUGAAAUCAACCAGGUCGCCAAGACAAGAAAGGAAGGUCGAGAGAGGGUUUAUCACAUCGAUGACAGUCCAAGCGGAACAUCAGAUGGGACACUGAACUUUGCCAAAGCCUUCACAGCGACCAGAGAUCCGAUCUGCUGCAUUACAGCAUCAGACAGAAUGCUUAUAGUGGGCCGUGAGUCUGGUAUCCUACAGAGAUACAGCUUGCCCAACAUCACCCUCCUGCAGAAAUAUUCCCUUACCUCCAGACCGUAUCAGCUGUCCCUCAAUUGUAACUCCAGCCGGCUGGCUAUUAUAGACAUUACGGGUGUGUUGACGUUUUUGGACGUAGAGACACGGGCUUCGUCAGGGGAUGCAGAGGGCGGAUCCACAGCUGGAGACCCAUCUAAAUUUGAGCGCAAGGAUGUCUGGGAUAUGAAAUGGGCUAAUGACAACCCAGAUCUGUUCUCCAUGAUGGAGAAAACCAGAAUGUAUGUCUUUAGAAACCUGGACCCUGAGGAACCUAUUCAAACGUCUGGCUUCAUCUGCCACUUUGAGGAUCUGGAGAUCAAAUCUGUUCUUCUGGAUGAGAUCAUGAGGGAUCCAGAGGUUCCAAAUAAAGAUUAUUUAAUAAACUUCGAGAUCCGCUCGCUGAGGGACAGCAGGGCACUUAUUGAGAAGGUUGGAAUUGAAGAUGCUUCUCAGUUUAUCGAGGACAAUCCCCAUCCACGUCUCUGGCGUCUGUUGGCAGAAGCAGCACUGCAGAAGCUGGAUUUGAAGACGGCUGAACAGGCGUUUGUGCGCUGUAGAGACUACCAGGGCAUUGAAUUUGUCAAGAGACUGAGCAACCUACAAAGUGAAGCCAUGAAACAAGCCGAGGUAGCUGCUUACUUCAGCAGGUUUGAGGAGGCAGAGAGGAUGUACCUGGACAUGGACCGCAGGGAUUUGGCGAUAGGUUUGCGUAUAAAGCUUGGUGAUUGGUUCAGGGUUCUGCAGUUGUUAAAGACCGGAUCAGGUGACUCUGAUGAUGCUCUUCUGGAGCAGGCCUACAACGCCAUUGGAGACUAUUUUGCAGACAGACAGAAAUGGUUGAAUGCAGUACAGUAUUACCUUCAGGGUCGUAAUCAGGAGCGUCUGGCUGAAUGUUAUUAUAUGCUGGAGGACUAUGAUGGUCUGGAGAGACUUGCAAACUCGCUACCCGAAAACCAUAAACUGCUACCAGACAUUGGUCAGAUGUUUGUUACCGUGGGAAUGUGUGAGCAGGCCGUCAGUGCAUUUCUGAAAUGUAACCAACCCAAAGCAGCUGUGGAUGCCUGUGUGCAUCUAAACCAGUGGAACAAAGCUGUUGAACUUGCCAAAGACCACAGUAUGAAGGAAAUUGGGCCUCUGCUGUCCAAAUACGCCUCGCAUCUGCUCGAGAAAAACAAAACUCUAGAGGCUGUAGAGCUCUACAGAAAAGCCCAUCACUUCCUGGAUGCUGCCAAACUCAUGUUUAAGAUCGCAGAAGAAGAGGCGAAAAGGAGAACACGACCACUGCGAGUGAAGAAGUUGUAUGUGCUUGCUGCCCUGCUGGUGGAGAACUUCCACACACAGAUCAAAAGUUCACAGCAAAGCAAAAUCAAGGGCAAGAAAUCAGAGGCUACCAGUGCAUUAGCAGGGCUGUUAGAGGAAGAUGAGUCGUCUUCAGACAGCCGUAUCCUGGAUGACGCCUGGCGUGGGGCAGAGGCCUAUCAUUUCUUCCUGCUUGCGCAAAGACAGCUAUACGAAGGCAAGGUGGACGCAGCCAUGAGGACAGCUCUCCAUCUCCGUGACUAUGAGGAUAUUAUCCCUGCUGUGGAGAUUUACUCUCUGCUAGCCAUCUGCUCAUCUGCCAACUGUGCGUUUGGUACUUGCUCACGCGCCUUUAUUAAGCUGGAGUCUCUGGAAACACUGACUCCAGAUCAGAGGCAGCUUUAUGAAGACCUGGCCUUGGAGAUCUUCACCAAACACAGCCCUCGAGACACCCGGCAAAGCCAGCGAGACAGUCUCACUGAUGGGCCGGAGGGCAAGUUGCCCACCUGUAUAGUGACAGGAAGAGUGAUAUCGGAGUUCCAGUUCUGGAUGUGCAGUGUGUGUAAGCACUGUGCUGUGGAGCAGGAGAUCACACAACACAACUUCUGUCCUCUCUGUCACUCCCCAGUGGGAUAGAUUUUCCCAUCUCUUUCCCAAGCUCAGCUCUUGCUCCAUCAAAUGUCAGUCUUUUCGAUGUACUGUGGGACACAAACUCUGCCACAAAAGUAGAAGGCUUAAAAUCUAUGUAAUUUGGAUAUUCG